AUGGGAAUGGUAACAAUGAUGGUCUUGUCUCUUAACGACGAAAUUGACUUGCUUAAAAAUUCUGAUAAAUCCACUGGUAACUCACAAAAUGACUCUAAAAUCGACGAACUUAAAUCCCAAUUGAAAGAUCAUGUUGCCAAGUACCAUUCCCUUUCUGAGUCUGACAGGACUGCCCAACUCAAGGACAUCCAGUCCAGGAUGCUGUCUCUUGCUGAGCUCAGUGGGAAGCUUGGCCAAUUUAUUGGCCAAAGUGACGCUGUUACCAAAGCAAUUAAUGAUGGUAUUGACGCAAUUAUUGACAGUGAUCCUGAAUUCAAAAGCCUUAAAAAGUCUCCGUCUUCGACUGUGCAGCCUCCCGCUGCCGUCUCUGCUGAGCCUAUAAAGUCCGAUGAACUUGAGCAGAAAAUUAAGCAAUAUAAUAACCUUAAAUCAUCCCUUGAAUCUAAGCAAAAUAACCAAAAUUCUCCCCUCUCCUCUGAAGAGUCUCGCCUUUUAUCCUCUCAUCAGUCCAAGUUGGAUGCUCUUGAGAAGCUGAGUAAGCUUAAUGAGUCUUUUAAAUCUCUUAAAAAUCCACAAAGUGAUAACUGUAAAAACCUUUUAAAUAACCUGUGCUCUGGCUUGGAGAAGUUCCUUGGUUACAAUGAACAUUCCAAAGGCUACGAUGGCUCCGGCAUCGUGUACUCCGACCUUGACAGGCUCUGCGACGGGGUGAUGGCGUUCCUUCAUGGAGUUCUCAGUGGAGUGAAGGAUGAUGAUAACGUUAGGACGUAUGAUAAGAAUCUUGCAGAACCGAAGAUUGAUAAACUUGUUGAGGAACUUAAAUCUUCCAUAGGUCAGGGGUCUGGCGCAUUGGGUCCGCAGGUCACUGCGGUGAGUGGGUGGCUUGGGAGGUAUGAAGGGGAGGUGAAAAAGAAAUGUGAAGCAGUGAGUAAUGCAUUAACUGCUAUACAAGAAAAUAUUACUCACAAGCAUAUCCCAGAAUUUAAUAAUUCUGAAGGUAAAAGUCUAAAGGAUCUCCACGAGAAAUUUGUCUUCUCCGUUGCUGAUGUGUUUGAGGGUUUGACUGCACUUAAGGCAAAUUCACAAGGUUAUGAGGCUCUGGAUAACGGCUUAAAAGGUAAAUUGGAUGUGCCAUUAGGGAAAAUUGGGGCGGCGGUGGAUGUUAUGAAAAAGUCAGCUGCAGAUACGGAUUUCUUCAAACAGGUUGAUUACGUCGACAACGUGUUGAUGAGACAAAAGGAUCAUAUCAUGCGUUCGAUAAAUACGGAAAUCAGGAGCGUGAGAAACACGCUGACGACACAAUUCGACAAUAUGAUAAGAAAGAUUGGUGGGUUGAAGAAAACAAAAAUAGAGCACUUUAAGACCAUUUAUGGCAUGUUAACUAAUGCGCAAAAUUUGAUGGGUGACGAUUUCGAAUGGAACUAUAAAAACAAGAUUGGGAUGUAUUUUUCCGAACUACACAACGAAGUCGAUGCAGUUUACGUGGCCCUACAGCAACGAAAAUCGCAACUCUUGGAGUUGGUCAGCGAAGCUCGACAGAGUUUUACGUCUAUUAAGAAUGGAAUUGGAAAUAAGGAAAAUAAUUUAACAGCUAAGGAAAAUAGUAUAUAUUUUAAUUGGGGGGAGUUGAAAAAGAAGGUGAUGCAAAAUGUUGCAGGUCUGACAGAUACAGCAAAAAUAGGAAAACUAGGGGACUUGGAUAACAUUGUCAAGGGGGUAAAGCAGUAUGCAGAAGAUUUCACUACGACUAAAGAUACGAAUGGAUUUGAGACUGUGGUUCAGCGGUGGAUAAAAGAGAUCCUUAAGCAGGAACCGAUUAAGGGGUAUGUUGAAAAGUGGUUGGAAAAUGUGAAUGAUUUGAAGCCCCUGUAUCGAGGGAAUCGCAACGAAAAGAUUAAUGAUGAAUUCAGGGGGCUAAUCGCUACAAAAAUCAAGGACCAUCUCAAGAAUGCAUUUAAAACCACCAAAUUCCCAUCAUUCAAAGGUGAGCCUAACGAAAAGAUUGACGAUAACGUUCAGGGUAUCCAAGCUGUCUGCAAUGACUUCGCCAUGCAGCUCAGUGAGAAGAUUGUUUACAACAACAUUAACGCAUUUUCCUCCGGCAUAGUUGAUGCGAUUGAAAAAGAUCCGGAGUUGAUAGGGGAUGAGAAAAAAGCAAAGCAUAACAAAGGUUAUUUGGACCUCGUCGUCCGGUACGCUCUGCACCAUCUCGCUGCCACUGCUAGACACGUUAGUGGCGAGCUGAACAAAUUAACCAUAGAGUCUAACCUCAGUGAGCACGUGAGGCAAGCUAUAAAGAAAGUCGCAGAAAUAAGAAAUGAAAUUGAACAGGCAAAGAAGCCUGGUCAACUCAUCGAUGACGCAUUAAGUAACGUGUCGGACACAAUUACUGAGCUUGGUAAAAAAUUGGAAUCAGACAAGGAAAUUGACAAGAAGCUAGGCGAGAUUGAGAAAGAAGUUGUUGAUAAGCUUUACGAAAUAACAAUACAAAAAGACACAACAAAAAAAGGCGCUAUUGAAGAUAAGAAAGAAAAGACCGAUGAGCUUAUGAAGCAAUUAAAAAGGGAGCUGAGUGAGAAACUUAAAACUAUUAGAGAAGCUGUAGAGGACGCUGAGAGGUGUCUUCAAGAUGACAUAAAUAUUCUUAACACGGCCGUUAAAAAUGCUUUUACAACGUCCGAUCAGGCCGUGCUAACCCUCAAGGAUGCCAUCAUAGAGGAAGUCAGGAAAGCAUUCCUAAAUGUAACCAAUGACGUACGUGUACUAUUUACCAACGGCCAUCAAGCAGACCUUCACGCCCUCAAAUCCCUCGUUUCCGCCCAGCUCGCCGAAAUAAAAUCCAUCAUCUCCCGCGACAGAAUCACCGGCCCAAAGGGCCUCUUACGUCUCGUGAAAAUUUCACUGCGAUCCAUAACAUUUGACCAUAAAACAAUGCGUCCCUUAGCCGUCGAAAUCAAAAAAUACUUCGAAGAUUUAUGCCACUAUUUACAAUCUCAAUCCGACAUCUCCGACCAAGCUCCCCAAAUCAAGGCACUCCACGCCUCCCUGGAUGCCAUCUUCGACAAACUGCUCCACCACCAGCACUUCCACCACGCCGUCUCCACGGCGCGCGAAGCCUUCGAGGCUUCGCUCCAAGCAUUCCACGCCGACACGUUCCCCGACGCCCCCAAAAAAGUGCUGCAGCCCCUGAAGCAGGGCCUCGAGAAAUUCGCGCAGGAGCUCGAAAAGCAGUACGUCAGCAGGUACUCGGGGGCUGCGGAGAGCUUUGAGUGGACGAAACAGCAUAAUCCUCCAACUCAAAAACAAGAGCCCACGGAAAAGGCAAUGAAAUGCGCCCAAAUUCUUCUCACCAUUCUCAUGACUCUGAAUCACGAUUUGAGUGAGCUCUAUAAGAGAUGUCACAAGACAAACGGCAAGUGGAAGGAACACAAAAUUUCCCUCAUCUCCAAGCCAAGCGUCUACAAUCCCCUCGGCGCAUUCUUCAAGGACUGCGGCUUUAUUGUUUCCAAGUUGGAAGAGCCCUAUGAUGGAGAGCUGAGAUGCCAUGACAAGAUGAAGGGAGGACAUGUUUUUAACAAACUUGUUACUACGCUCCAAGAUGCCACGAAAAUUACGCACCUUCCAAAAUGCGUAACAGACAAAAAAGAUAACUUUGAUCUCUUCGACCUACUUAAAUGUCUCACAACUCACGUCAGUGAGUAUUACCAAUCUUGCCACGUCGGACUCCCGAAGUCCAAAAAGUAUCCGUGUUCCGUGCGUGAUAUUUGUGUGUGGCUCGCCGGCCUUCCUCACACUGCAGUUUAUAAAACAAUUGAUGGGCACUGUAAUAAGUUGCUUAACCAGAAAGACGAAGCAACUGGUAUAAGACCCUAUUACGAUGAUGACGUGCUUCGUAAAUGCUUGCAACACCUUAACGGUAACAUUACUAAAACAUGUCACUUGUCACAUAGAUUAUUAGUCUCCAUCCAGGGCAACGGCAGUGGCGCCGAACACGCUGCGUAUCCGUAUGCGUGCUGCUUUGAGAACAACCACGGAGGGUUCUAUUACCCUGGUGAUCCGUCGUCGUUGCUUGACAUGUUGAAAGAUAUGUGUAUGCGUUUGUUGCGUGCACUGUGCUUCUUAUACCAACGUUGUAAGCACACCGCAGCCGACGGCAACGGGUGGCGUGAGUGUCAAUAUGGUUAUCGCGUCGGCACCUACCAGUGGGACUGCGACAAGGCAAGCGACAACUCAAGCACACAACCAAAGAGUCAAGCUAAGUGCCAACCAAAUGGUCAUCCAAAUGACCAACCAAAUUGCUUACCAAAGUCCCCGCUUCAAGCCCAUCUUAUGGAUGGCCUUCCUGGUUUCAUGCCACAUAAGUUCACAGCUGUCGGUUGCCAGCCCAUGUGCUCAACGUGCCCUAAGGGCUCACUAGUUGGGCAGUGUAUCACCCCGAUGGGCUUUGCAGAUUUGGCAACCGCGGGCUCUAUUACAGGCCGUGGCGAGGAUCUGAUUGAUGUGCUUUCUGACCUUUGUAAAAACAGCGCAUCAGUUCUCUGUGAUUUAGUGCACGCAUUACAAUGCAUAUUGCCGUCUCCACCGAAGGGCUUGGCAGGGAUGUUCUCGUACUACUGUAACAUAUUCCAGAAAUCGUAUGGUUCAGUGUAUGGUCAUGACACCGAAUACAAGGGUAAAAUUGAUGAAGCCAUCCGAAGCAGUUUCCCAUUCGAGACAUGGCUUCACAACAACUACAGUGCUGCCAAGCUGACCGAUAAAUUUAGAGAUUUGUCGUGUCGUAAUAGCUCUCACAACAAUCAACUACAGGAUGAGAGUCAUUGUGACCUUUGGAGUUUGUCUCCAAAUCCUACAUCAGACAGAGCAAUCAAGUGUAAUGGUAAAGAUACACAGUGCGCCCCUUACCUCAAAUCGCUGUGUCACGACGCCUGUCACACAUAUCCCGCAAAACAUAAAGCUUUGUACCUGGGAUGGCUUUGCCAGUUGACAUGGACAUUCUGGGAUUUACUUGAUCAGUUGCUGAAGGCGUUUAGUGACAUAUCAUGUCAAUCAUAUGGAUGUCUAUGCAAAUGCGGUUUUGGUAAACACGGCGUCACUGAGGAAGAAACAUCGCAACCUGCAACACUUCCUAAGCCCAGUUGCCACUGCACUUCAAUAGUCCAGUGCAAAGGACCAAUGUCCGUAUUCUACCAGUACGGAUUCACAUUCGGAAUGCCGAAAGAGUUGAUGGCAUCCGGAAGCAAGAAGACAUGUGACAGUUUUGUAAAGCAGUUAACUAGAGUGCUGCACAAAGGAUACUUUGAAGAAUUAUUUGAUGAAAUCGACAACUUCAUCUGGGCAAUUCGUACACCCUUCUCAUACCUCUUAUUAGCCCUCUGGUCGCUGUCGCUCCUGUACCUGCUGCACAUCGCCGUCGUCCGCCUCGACGUCCUGAGGAUUCGCUCCCACCUGAGAUCACCCGCAAGCCACCGCAUCGCCGCGCAGUCGCUACUCGCCGCCGCACGCGUCAAGGCACUCAACAACGUCAAGUACUUCUCACCGUAA